AUGCCUUUUCUAUACAUACAUGGAUUCACAUCCAAUCUUCCAUUAAGAAAAAUAUUUUACAAUAGAAGUUGUUUAAUUAUACCUAAAAUUUUUAAAACUAAUGGCCAAACUAGGCCAUUUACAAACACACAUCUGGUCGUCACUAAACGGGAGUCUAAAACCGAUGUAUUAACUCCAGUUCCCAAGAAUUUGCUUGAUUAUCAACGUAAAACAGAUGAAAUCAACUUAAUGGAGACCCAUAGUCUCACUAUGGCGAUGAUGAGAUCAAGUAAAUCAGGAUUUUUAAAAAAGAGUGUUUGGGAGAAAUAUAUCGCAAGGGCAAUAGAAUUGGUGGAUAAAUUCAGUGUUAAAAACAUAUCAAUAUUGAUGAUAUCAGUGGCGAAAUCAAGAAUGAGUAACACUGACUUUUAUGAACAAAUGUCAGAAAGACUUGUAAUCAAGUGUAAAAAUUACAUAAAUACAUAUAAAAUGAACCCUGUGAAGUUUUUUGAGGAUGAUAAAAGAUGCGAAUUUACACCCUUCAACAUAUACACAAUAUUAUCAGCAUGUUCAGUGUCCGGUUAUAAAAAUGAAACACUAUUUAGACUCCUAUUUAAAGUCUCUGAAAUCAAAUUGCACUACUAUAACAAACUUCUUGACGAGUGGCAUAGCUCAAAGGACGGGUCAGAACAUUUUAGUAUCUUGGAAAGUUAUACAAAGGAUGAUAAGUUCACAUUCGAAGACUUAGCCGGUAUACUAUAUGUAUACUCCUGGAGCAAUUUUCAAAUUAAAGGAAUACUCCCCAAAUACUCUUAUAUAUUCAAAAAAAUGUAUAAAAUUGUUUGUAAAAAAGAAGAUAAAUACACACCACUAGUUGGAGAACUUACGUCUAAAUCAUUUGCAAUAGCAGUUAACUCACUGGUCAAAUUAGGAGAUGGAACAAUUGAAUUGUACAAUAUUGGAUUGGAAUACCUACAAAGAGAAGUCGAUUAUAUCCCCUCCCGUGAUACAUGCAUGAUAUUUAAUUCUAUAGUUAAAAAUAGGAACACUGUUCCGGAUUUUUACGAUACUAAGAACACACUCCAAACUUUAACAAACAAAAUUGUGGACAAACUCUCGGGAUCAAGUUUUGACCCUGAAUUAAUGGUUAAUCUUUCGUCAACAUUUGUUAAUAUAUUCAACUCCAAAACAUUCAAACAAGAGGAAAUUGAAAAUAUUAAGGAGAAAUUUAACACAUUCUUUACUGAAUCGACAUAUAACUUGGUUAGUGAAAGGGAACUGGAUGCACCCAUAGUAAUACAAUUGUUGUAUAACUCAUCAAUUCUAGGAUGUAUGCCAGCCUCAAUGAUUCUCCUGUGUAACGAUAAUUUGAAAUCAGUGGGAUUAACAGGAACACAACAGAAUAUUUCUGAAUUUCUAACAAGUUUAGUAUUGAUAUAUAACAACUCCAAGUCCAAUAACCUAAAUCAACUAAUUCAUGAACAUGUAGUUACAGCAUUAAGACAAUACUCGAAACGAUUAGAUUAUGUGUUAUAUCCGAACACAUUAGGACUUGUAAAGACGAAAUCAAGACCACCAGACCUAUAUAAUAUUUUAAAAUUGGAAUCUAAAGGGUUAUUAGAUGCACCAUCAGAGGAUAUUAAUAAUGAUUGGAGGGAACUGACUAAGGAUAUAUCUGAAUACACAACCGAUAACCUCAACUUAUUGGCAACAAUGUUAAACACGAUGGGAAAUUUUAAACAAUGCAAAGAUUUUGUCAAAUUUGUGGUUCUUUCAGCCGAUUACAUUAAAAGGUUUUUCAAAACUUAUUCGCACCAUUUGGAGUUAAAACCACUUCACAUUGAAACUAUAUCAGCAAUAGUGCACUCCCUGAGCAAGUACAGAAUAAAGAAUCCGGAAUUGAUGGAAAACUUUUCCAAAUUAAUAAAAAUCCACAAUGAUAGAAUUUUGAAUGAUAGGAAUUUUGAAACGAUUAACUAUGUUUCGCUUUUCAACAUAAUUAACAGUUUCUCUAAACUAGGUCUACCCAAAAAUCGUAUUUUUGAUAUUAGAAACAAUAGUUUGUAUAAACAUCUGAGAAACAUGGACAAACAUGAUAUUCAAAAUCAGAUGUUUAACUCCAUUUCUAAACUAGUUUUUUCGUGUGAUUUUUAUAAAAUUAAUUUGCAAAUGGCAACAAACUGCCUAUAUAGUUUGUCGCUUGUGGGAUUUGACAAGUUCAGUAGAUUAACUGUUUUGAAAUUGAUUGAAUUGUCGAUUAAAAUGUUACACAAAGAAACUGGGAUAUGUAGAACAAACUCAGUUGAAAAUAAAGACGCUUCACCAAUUAUUGAUUGUGUAGCUCAAUUUGAUACUCUUGUUGAACUUGAAUCUGAUGGAAAUAAGGAACUCUUUUCACAACUUAGAAUAGUGACGAUGAUGCUCCAUUUGAUGAUAAAAAGAAACUAUUUCAAGUCAAGAGUUUUUAAGAUUUAUGUUAAAAAGAUGAGAAGAGCAAUUUUAGGCCAGAAUAAACAUCUGAAAACGGGAAGGAAACAAUUUUCAAAUGACAAAGAAUUAAUUGAAAAGGAAGUCAUGAACAUAACUCAGUUGAAUCCUAUGUCAGGAUUCCAUAGAAGUGUUUUAACACUGUUGAGAAAGAAAUAUAGCCCAAUUCAAUCAGAAGUACCCUGGGGAAAUGGAUCCUAUUACAUUGAUGUCGUAACUGGAAGUGGAAAAGAGAGAAAAUUUAUAGAAAUCGAUGGUCCAUAUCACUAUUACUCUGGGACUACUGAAAUGGUUUCAUCAUCUAAAGCAAAAAAUUACAUUAUUCAAAAUUUUGGAACUAAAUUGGUACACAUCCCCUACUUCGAAUGGUCAAAAUGUGUUGGAGAUGAGGAAAAAAUUAAGUAUAUAGAAUCAAAAUUAAGGUGUUAG